AUGUUCUGUGUCAUCUACCAGCAAUUGCUGUUAAGCCUGUGCCAGGUCCAGCUUUGCGAAGAUGGUACCCUCACCGAGGGAAUGGAGCAAGUGCUGGACUACUGGCACCAGGUUUGCGUGGGCAAGGAGGGUGUGGUUCAGAGUGCAUUUAUAGUUGGCGCAUAUCCAGAGAAAGAGAGCAAGAAGGACAUGAUAGACAGCAAACCACUCAAGCAUCAACAAGUGUGGACCAACUUUCUCUCAGAGGUACAAGAAGCUAAGGGACAAAGACCAACCCGCGUGGUUACCAGGCGAAUGGAACAGGAACUAAAAAAGCAACAAGCACAAGCCACCGUUCAAGAACCUACAGUCUGUGGGCUUCGAAAUAACAGAUCAUUAGGAUCAUCAAGAAUUACUGGAGGAGUAUCAUCUGUAGAAUGGCCCUGGCAAGCCAGUCUCCAGAGAAACAAAAUCCAUCGUUGUGGUGCAACAUUGAUCAGCAACACAUGGCUUCUGUCUGCAGCACAUUGCUUCAGAGAAGCAAAAAGUCCACAUAAAUGGACAGUUAGCUUUGGAACCUAUUUAAGACCUGCUCUAAUGAUACGGCUUGUCAAAACAAUUAUAAUUCAUGAAAAAUAUCGGAAUACAGGCCAUGAACAUGAUAUUGCUGUUCUGCAGUUGACUAAAAGUGUAGACUUUACAAGGGCUAUUCAUCGAAUUUGUCUCCCAGAUUCAAAUGAAAGGAUUCCAUAUAAUAUUGAUGCUGUGGUUACAGGAUGGGGAGCACUUAGUAAUGAGGGUGAAACCCCUAAUGUCCUCCAGGAAGCAACAGUAAAGCUCAUAGACACCAAAGUUUGUAAUAGAAGGGAAGUGUACAAUGGGGCAAUAAAACCUGGAAUGAUAUGUGCUGGAUAUCUUGAAGGAGGAAUUGAUUCCUGUCAGGGUGACUCCGGGGGUCCACUGAUGGCAAUUGAUUCAAGACAAAUGUGGUAUCUUGUUGGCAUUGUGAGUUGGGGGGAUGAAUGUGGAAAACCAAAUAAGCCUGGUGUCUACACACGAGUAAUUUACUAUCGAGACUGGAUUACUAAAUAUACUGGGCUUUGAUAUAAUAAAUAUAAAAAGCAUCACAUGUUUGAAGCUGUAUAGAUGACAUCUAGGUGGUACAAAGGACUAUGAUUUUAUAUAAGAGUAUUUGUGUUAUUUCAUAAGU